AUGCUGCGAAGCCUGUUGCUGACCCGCAAGGCCGCGGGCGGACUGGCAGCCUGCAGGCCCGGGGUGCCUCUCCUCUCCAUCCGUGGCUUCGCCAGCAGCGAGGAGCAGGACGUGGUCGUCAUUGGCGGAGGACCGGGAGGCUAUGUCGCGGCCAUCAAGGCUGCCCAGAUGGGGCUGAAGACUACCUGCGUGGAGGGGCGGGGUACCCUAGGAGGCACAUGCCUCAACGUUGGCUGCAUCCCCUCCAAGGCAAGGGGCUGGGCCUUGCUGCAUUCGUCACACAUGUUCCACGAGGCCCAGCACACCUUUGCCCACCAUGGCAUCAAGGUGUCUGGCCUUGAGGUUGACGUCGCCCAGAUGAUGGCUCAGAAGACAAAGGCUGUCACUGGGCUGACCAAGGGCAUUGAGGGUCUGUUCAAAAAGAACAAGGUGACGUAUGUGAAGGGCUGGGGCAGCCUGAAGUCUGGGAACGAGGUGGAGGUGGCGGGGGCUGACGGCGAGACCUCCACCAUCAAGGCCAAGAACAUCCUGAUUGCCACGGGGUCGGAGGUCACCCCCUUGCGUGGCGUCGAGAUCGACGAGGAGAAGGUGGUGUCGUCCACUGGCAUCCUAGAGCUGAAGGAGGUGCCCAAGAAACUCGUGGUCGUCGGGGGCGGCAUCAUCGGCCUGGAGAUGGGCUCGGUCUGGGCCAGGCUGGGCGCGGAGGUGACUGUGGUGGAGUUCCUCGACAACAUCCUGCCAUCCAUUGAUGGCGAGGUGCGCAAGCUGUUCGAGCGAACCCUGAAGAAGGCCGGGUUCAAGAUCAAGCUGUCCACCAAGGUGGUGUCCGCUGACACCUCUGGCGAGGGCGUGAAGCUGACCGUGGAGCCUGCCAAGGGCGGGGACCAGGAGACCCUGGAGGCCGACAUCGUGCUGGUGGCCACUGGCCGCCGGCCCUUCACAAAGGGGCUGGGGCUGGAGAACGUGGGGGUGGAAGUCGACGAGCGCGGCCGCAUCAAGGUGGAUGACCACUUCCGGUCCAACGUGAGCUCUGUGCUGGCCAUCGGGGACGUCAUCCCCGGGCCCAUGCUGGCACACAAGGCCGAGGAGGAUGGCGUGGCCGCCGCCGAGAUCCUGGCGGGCAAGAAUGGGCAUGUCAACUACGCCAACGUGCCCUCCGUCAUGUACACGUGGCCAGAGGUUGCAUCGGUGGGCAUCACCGAGGAGCAGGCAAAGGCCGAUGGCCUCGACUACAAGGUGGGCAAGUUCCCCUUCAUGGCCAAUAGCCGUGCCAAGACCAUCGAGGACACCGAUGGCAUGGUGAAGUUCAUCUCUGAUGCCAAGACAGACAAGAUCCUGGGAGCGCAUAUCAUGGGCCCCAAUGCUGGGGAGCUGAUCCAGGAGUGCGUGCUGGCUCUGGAGUAUGGCGCGUCCACCGAGGACAUCGGGCGCACCUGCCACGCCCACCCCACAAUGUCUGAGGCGAUCAAGGAGGCAGCCAUGGCUACCUACGGCAAGCCCAUCCAUAUGUGA